ACCUCAAAUAGACCAAUGAAAUCCACCGAAAUCCCGAACUUUGAGAUCCAACGUUCGUGUAGAAUGGCAACAUACUGCAUAAAUUGCCUACAAUCGAAGUAAGGUGACAAAAGAAGCUGUGAAGAGUAUCUUUCACUUUCACUGCCACAGGACACCUCUUUCAAACACAAAACCGUAAAAGAAAUUCCAUUUUAAAACUCAAAAAACAAAUUUUAUCUUUUUAAGACACAAAGGAAUAUGGAUCUUAAUGGAGAGAAACAAGAGAGUGUGAGGAAGGUUUGGACUCUCUGUAAAAUGCCCUUUUGGCAAACUAACAAUGCCACAGCUUCUUCUUCCUCCUCUUCCUCUUCGUCUUCUUCUUCUUCUUCUUCUUCUUCUUCUUCUUCUUCUUCCACCUGCACAUCUUCUAGCUCUAUGAGUAGUAAUAAUAGUAUCACUGGCAGUAAUGCUUGCCAGCAGAGCCAGACUCAUCAGCCAGGAGGAGCAGAGAGAUCGACUGUUACUGCGGUGUCUCUUGUUGCCAAGUCUCUUUUGCCAACUAGAAGAAGACUUAGGCUUGAUCCUCCUAACAAGCUCUAUUUUCCUUAUGAACCUGGUAAACAGGUGAGAAGUGCUAUUGGCAUAAAAAACAUUUCUAAAUCUCAUGCGGCUUUCAAGUUCCAAACAACUGCACCAAAGAGUUGUUACAUGAGACCUCCUGGAGGGAUACUUGCUCCAGGUGAAAGUCUUAUAGCUACUGUGUUCAAGUUUGUGGAGCCUCCUGAGAACAAUGAGAGACCGUUGGAUCAGAAGAGCAGGGUCAAGUUCAAGAUCAUGAGCUUAAAAGCGAAAGGAGAAAUGGAAUAUGUGCCUGAGAUGUUUGAUGAGCAAAAGGAUCAAGCAACAGUUGAGCAAAUUUUGCGAGUAAUUUUUCUAGAUCCUGAAUGCCCUAACCCUGCACUAGAAAAACUUAGGAGACAAUUGGCUGAAGCAGAAGCUGAGCUAGAGGCACGCAAGAAGCCUCCUGAAGACACAGGACCUAGAGUUGUAGGUGAAGGACUUGUUAUAGAUGAAUGGAAGGAGCGAAGAGAAAGAUACUUGGCGAGACAGCAGAUUGAAGUGGAUUCUGUGUAAAACCUUUUUUUUUAGUUGUUUUUGAUGACUUGAGGCUUUCUUUAUAUAAUGUUAGUUCUUUGCCUGUUGUUGUGUGCCAAAGAGUUGUAAGACAUAAGAGUUUGUAAAGCAAAUUUCUACAUAUGAUGAUAGGGUAAAGUCCACUUCCUCUCCUUUUAAAUUA